AUGAAGGAUGAAGUCAAGACAUCAUCCUCCAUCCAGCAAAUGGCUAAUCAUCUUCAGAGCAACUCCGCUAGAGGAGCCAGGGUCCAGAGGGUUGAUCCUCCUUUCUGGCCUCGUUUGGGUCGGUUCCGGUUUGGCUGCCCGGGAGAAGGGAGGGGAGGGCAGAGCAAAGAGGAGAGAGGGCAGGCGGGGAGCAUGGAAUUAUGGAUCGCUGCGUACGGCAGCCGUAAGAGGGUCACGGUGGCUAAAACAGUUCUAGUUAGUCCGUGGUUGGUACUGGAGCUGUGGGUGGCUCGGGUUGUCAUGGGCAAAAUGAAGUAUGAGAACAGACUGAGUGGUUGGGCAGUCUGGUUGCAACUAAACUCGAAGUGGAUUAACCCCUCCGACCCAGACAGGUAAGAGUUGCUCCGACGUAUCGGUAUUACCGAUAUAGUGUUUCUCCGUCGAGAGCACACACACACACACACGCAUCAC